CAACUAGCUAGUCUUGUUCUAAUUGUGGAGAACUAGAAAACUUGUACUAACUAUUAGUGGUUUGUAAGAGAAGAUAAUGUUGUUAACUGUGAGAGAAGCAUGUCCUUGCUCGCCCAUUAGCUUCAACCUUUCCCGUCUCAAUUCCACAAGAUUCUCUCAAAGACUCAAAACCUCAGUUUGCAGAGCCAGCAUCUCUGUCCAGCCAAAACCCAAUGCCAAGUCAUGGAACUCUACCCUUAACUCCAACAGCUGUGAGAGCUCCAGUUUUGAUCCCUUGGGUAUUAAUUUAGAUGUACCAUCCAGUCUAAAUGCUGCGUGGGAAAGUCUUCUAGCCUUCUUAUCACCAAUACUUGAGAGCGCUUCAAAUACAAAAAAAGAUAAGCGAGGAGUUGCAGCUGCAAUUGAGGACAGUUCCAUUGAUUUUGGUGAUUUCUUCAAAGGCCCCCUACCAGGAAAAUUUCUCAAGCUUUUGGGGUUUCUAGUUGUAUCCCGUCUUGGAAUAUAUAUACCCCUUGGUGGGGUAAAUCGGGAGGCGUUUGCUGGAAAUUUAGAUCAGAAUAGCUUAUUAAGCACUUUGGAUUCAUUUUCCGGGGGAGGCAUUGGUAGACUUGGAAUAUUUUCACUUGGAAUUGUUCCCUUUAUCAAUGCCCAGAUUGUGUUUCAGCUUCUUGCUCAAAUUUAUCCCAAGUUGCAAGAUCUUCAGAAAAGAGAAGGUGAAGCAGGAAGAAAGAAAAUUCUUCAGUAUACUCGUUAUGCUUCAGUUGGGUUUGCUAUAGUACAGGCAAUUGGCCAGGUUCUUUACCUUCGUCCCUUCGUUGAUGACUUUAGCAUGCAGUGGGUUCUAACAUCUGUUACUUUAUUGACACUUGGCUCUGUGUUCACAACUUACAUCGGAGAACGGAUCUCUGAUCUAAAACUUGGAAAUGGCACAUCUCUUUUGAUAUUUACAAGUAUUAUUUCCUACUUGCCGGCAUCUUUUGGUCAGACUGCUGCUCAGGCAAUUCAGGAUGGUAAUUAUGUUGGACUCGGCACCAUUAUCUUCUCAUUCUUCCUAUUAGUUCUCGGCAUUGUGUAUGUCCAGGACAAAGGAUUUCAGGAGGCAGAGAGAAAGAUUCCACUCAACUAUGCCUCAAGGUACACCAGCAGCGGCGGCGGGCUUCAAAAAUCUGCUUAUCUACCCUUUAAGGUAAAUAGUUCUGGGGUGAUGCCAAUUAUAUUUUCUACAUCAUCAUUGGCUCUACCUGGCACCCUAGCACGGUUCACUGGGAUAUCUGCACUGAAGAAAGCUGCAUUGACUUUGAACCCAGGGGGUUCUUUCUAUCUCCCCACCAAUAUCCUAUUAAUAGCCUUCUUCAACUAUUACUAUACCUUCCUUCAAUUAGACCCUGAUGAUGUGAGUGAACAACUGAAGCGCCAAGGUGCAUCAAUUCCACUAGUACGACCAGGGAAAAGCACAGCUGCAUUUCUUAAAACAGUUCUUAGCCGCAUAUCUGUUCUGGGUUCUACCUUUUUGGCUAUCCUGGCUGCUGGUCCUUCUGUGAUCGAACAAAUCUCACACUUGACUGCAUUUCGAGGAUUUGCAGGCACUUCCGUCCUGAUUCUUGUUGGUUGUGCAACAGACACUGCAAGAAAAGUUCAAGCAGAAAUAAUAUCCCAAAAGUACAAGAACAUAGAGUUUUAUGACAUUGACAGGUAUGAUUAAAGGACGACAGAAUGGGGAAGACAAAUCUUUGAAAUUGUAUACUAGGGUCAUUGUGCUGUAUGACUGUGCUAUUACAUCUAUAGGAUGAUGGCAUGGUGAUAUGUAAUUUGCCUAGUUGUAUCUAGGUUUAUUGCCCGUGUAAUUUACGUUUUCUUUUAUUGAUUUAGGCUGUAAUUAGUACAUGCUGCUACUUCACAGCCAGAAUUCCCAAUUUAAAUUUUUUUCACAGAAGAUAACUGAAAA